AUGGCAGCACCCAUCAUGAAGAGCAAGGACUUGAAGUUCGAUGUUUCUCUGCAUGGCGAUCCGGCACAGCCCUGUGUGAUCUCCAUUGUUGGCACCGGUGCUUCGAUGAACAUGAUGAUGCCUAUUGUUGAAAGCCUUGCAGCACGUGAUCUUUUUGUGAUCAACUACAACCCUCGUGAUGUUUGUGGCACAGAAAUCUUUCGGCAGAUGGAGGCAAUGGUUCCUGAAGGUAGGAAUCUCAUGGAGGAAAUGGGCAAAAUCUUUUCUGCUGAUGGGAGCAUGAACUUGGACUCGGAUUUCUAUGCCCCAUACAAUUGGUAUGAUUUGGCCGACGAUGUGGUUGCUAUCAUGGAUUUGCACAACAUUGCAAAGGCAAGUGUCAUUGGCUUCAGCACGGGAGGCGUGAUCGCACAAGUUGUGAUGUGUCAAUUGAAGGAGGAUCGCCUGAAUUCUGCGGUGAUUUGUAGCAGUUCCUGUGAAGUGCUUCCGUCCCAAGCGCCUUUUGAGAACCCCGCUCUACAGGAGCUGAUGGCAGCGGCUGCGGCAGUUUCCCCAGAGUCCAGCAAGGAAGAGCGCGUGAAGGGCCUGUUACCUUCUCAGAUGUCGAUGUGGGAGGUUGCUGAGGGGGACCCAUGGCAGGCUAUACUCACUAAGGCCAUUGAAGAUGACUAUGACAAGGGCUGGAUGGAUAUUUAUGGAGGAAUGAAUCCAUUCUCCACCCUGGCCUGGGCGAGUUUUGCAAAGUCACAUGAGCAGCACAUCUCCAGCCUAGAGCAGAACAAGGUUCCAUGCCUUGUUGUUGCUGGCAGGAAGGAUCCACUGGUCCCCUAUGCACAGAGCGAAAUGCUGGCAGCGAAGACUGGUAGAGCAGUUCUGGAAUCACAUGAUUUCGGUCAUAUCCUGGGACCUGCAUCAAACAGGUUACCCAACCAGGUUGGUUCUUUCUGCACGUCGGUCCUCGGUCCCAUUGUGCAGGCCCUACGGCGGGUGAGCUUUGAAUUCCACGCUCCCACAUAUCCAGAUGAGGGCAUGGCAGAUGAAGCUGAUGUCGACAGCGAUGCUGAGAUCCAUUCGGUUGGGGAGGAUGAGAUGCCUGGCGACGGUGAAGAGGAUGACCUCAUGUACCAGGAAGAUGUACCGAAACCUCCCCCUGAGGAUGAUGGGGACGAUCAUCAGGUGCUGCAGGCCAACGUGGACCCGAAAGAAUGGCUCCUGGAGGUCGAACGGGUCUCAUCGAGGCUGAAAGUGACAAUGCCUAACGACUCAAAGGAGUGGAGGACACACUUGCAGCAGACCAAGCAGUACAAACAGGUGAUCGAAAAUCAGUUUCCAGCUUCGAAGGUGCAGCUGGACAAACUGACCGCACAGCUUAGUCAAGCCAUGGAUCGCAUCAAGUCCAAGGAGAACUUCAUCAACACGCAGUUCGACCACCGUGCGGUGGACUAUCGACAGCAGCAGGAGGAGUUGACCCAGGUUCAGCAGCAGUACACGGAGCUGAACGAAGUGGCGGGGGUUGCCAAGUGA